AUGCAGAAAGCGUUCGCUGUCGCUGGUCCGGUUUUGGCCACAAUCUUUGGCGUUUUCACCGUGUACACCUCAUUUCAGCCAGCACUACAGCAACAGAAGGAUGAAAGAGAAGGCAAUUUUGCGGCGCAACAUAUACAACCGGCCAACAAGGAUACAGCCAUAAGCGAUGCGAUAUUGAGUGAUCUCAGGGAGGUCAGGCGAGACGUGGUUGGAAAGGCUGAAAGAGGCGGCUUCGCCUGGGGAAUCCGACAAGCUUUGUUCGGGCCCAAGGAGACAUCUUCAUCGGCGCAACAAGUGCCGAUAGAUGCUGGUGCGGCGCAGGUUCCUGCUCGCCCAGAAGAUUCAAAAGCGAGCGGGUCGUCCAAGACAUGA